AGCGACUCCUUUGAUCCUUUCGUGUCCAACUCCAGGCCUUACCAGUUCGGGUUCCCGAUUCCCUCCUCAAAAGAGUCAAAACCCCUCUCUCUCCAAUCGAAGAAAGAAUUCAAGAACCCUAACCUGGCUAAUUCCUGAUCAUCGUCAACAUUUGAGAAAUCGGUGCAAUAACAGAUCAAAACAAACAAAGGAGCUGGAGAAAAUGGCUGGGAAAGAGGAAGUAAAGCAUAUUGAGGAAUGCUCUAUUUCCAAUGCCAUGGGAACGUGGGUUUUCUCGGUAUUGGGUGCUUUGGUAGCGAUUCCUGUUGGAAUAAAGAGGAAAUCUCUUGCACCACUCGUUUUUUUCGGAACAACAGGCACCAUGCUGGACAUUAUAAUGGGGAUUAGUGCUUGUGAAAGAGAACAUGCAGAGCGUCAAGCGCAGCUGUUGGAAGCACAAAAUUCUGCAACUGAAUCCACUGAUGUUGUUUUAACAGAAUGAAACGUAUAUGGUUCUUCCGGUCUCUCUCGUUUGGGCAUGUGAUGUUUCUAGAAAUUGAUUUUGGAACACCACAUUAGUGAUACUGGCACAUCUCUAUAUGAGUACAGUACAUAAUGUGAUAAAAUCAACUUUUGGUGUGACAAAAUCAGUUUUGACUGUUUCUUGCAGCACUCUUAGCAACUUGGAAUGCUUUGAAUAUAGUUUUACAAAAUAAUUCAAAUGUGAUCUGUUUAAGAUGGA